AUGCCACCGAAGAAGAUGCUGCAACAGAUGGAGGGGUAUCACCUCCCUAAAAAUGAUACCGAGGAAGCAGGCCUCGUUAAUAAAUGUGCAACAGAACAAAACCCGAACAAAACAUGCGCUGAAAGCUCAUACAAUAGUGCUACACAAAAUUGCCUUACACAAAAUGCUACAUAUGAUGCCGAUGCCUCAAAUGCCAAUGACUCAAAUGCCAAUGCCUCAAAUGCCAAUGCCUCAAAUGCCAAUGCCUCCUAUCCCAAUGCCUCCAAUGCCAAUGCCUCAAAUGCCAAUGCCUCAUAUGCCAAUGCCUCCUAUCCCAAUGCCUCAAAUGCCAAUGCCUCCUAUCCCAAUGCCUCCUAUGCCAAUGCCAAUGCCUCAAAUGCCAAUGCCAAUGCCUCAUAUGCCAAUGCCAAUGCCUCAUAUGCGAAUGCCUUAAAUGCCAAUGCCUCAUAUGCCAAUGCCAAUGCCUCAUAUGCCAAUGCCUUAAAUGCCAAUGCCUCAUAUGCCAAUGCCUUAAAUGCCAAUGCCUCAUAUGCCAAUGCCUCAUAUGCCAAUGCGUCAAAUGCCAAUGCCUCAUAUGCCAAUGCCUCGUAUGCCAAUGCCAAUGCCAAUGCCUCAUAUGCCAAUGCCUCCUAUCCCAAUGCCUCCUAUGCCAAUGCCUCCUAUGCCAAUGCCAAUGCCAAUGCCUCAUAUGCGAAUGCCUUAAAUGCCAAUGCCUCAAAUGCCAAUGCCUCAUAUGCCAAUGCCAAUGCCUCAAAUGCCAAUGCCUCAUAUGCCAAUGCAAAUGCCUCAAAUGCCAAUGCCUCAUAUGCCAAUGCCUCGUAUGCCAAUGCCAAUGCCAAUGCCAAUGCAAAUGCCAAUGCCUCAUAUGCGAAUGCCUUAAAUGCCAAUGCCUCAUAUGCCAAUGCUCAAAAAGAUCAAAAUGCUCAAAAAGACCCAUAUGCCAAUGAGAACAAUGUCAGUGAUAACAAUGAUCCUGAGAGCUAUGACCCUGAUACUGACAUCAAUGAUCCAGAGAGUUAUGAUCAAGAUUUUGUUACCAAUGACCAUCAUACUGAUACAAAUGAGACUGUACAUGGUUCUUUCAAUCAAGGUCACACUAGAUUUGGAAAAAACAGUGGCAGACAGUGUGUAGCUAACAGUGCAAUGGCAAUGAUGUACAAUCAAAUUAAGGACAUUUCCACAUGGGACAGCUAUGAUCUUGACACAGUUCUUUGUAGAGGAAACAAACUUUAUGAAGAUUCUAUAAACCAGAGACAAUCAACUAGUCGUAGUGCAUACCUUCUUGUGUCAGACAUUUGUCCAACAGUAGACUUCUUUGGCAAAGAAUAUAGAUUUGUGUCUGGCGAUUCUCUGACUGGCUUUGUGAUGAAAGAUACUGAAGAAAUUGUUGAUAUUCCACAACAAAUGUGUCUCGAUGCUGCACUUCAAACAAUAUUUUCACAACAUGAUGCUACUUUUGUGACAUUUGGAGGAUCAACAUUUGCUGUGAUAGAAAGAAAUAACAAAUACCACGUGUUUGAUUCCCAUUCCCGGAACACUGAAGGAUUACAAGUCACUAAUGGUACUAGCAUACUUAUUCAAUACACAAGUCUGCUUCAGGUCUAUGAACACUGUUUGAAUCUUGCUCGGUCAAUGAACUUAAAUGCAAAUUCACAAUUUGAAAUGACAGGUAUGAGAAUUACCACUGGUGUAGAGCCACAUGACAACCGGUCUGACAAUGCGAGUGAUACCAAUGACAAUGAUGAUGUUGUGCAUAUUGAUGAACUCGAAGACAACUCACAGGAUGUAGAGCCACAUGACAACCGGUCUGACAAUGCGAGUGAUACAAAUGAGAAUGAUGAAGUAGUGCAUAUUGAUGAACUCGAAGACAACUCACGGGAUGUAGAGCCACAUGACAACCAGUCUGACAGUGCGAGUGAUACCAAUGACAAUGAUGAUGUAGUGCAUAUUGAUGAACUCGAAGACAACUCACAGGAUGUAGAGCCACAUGACAACCGGUCUGACAGUGCGAGUGAUACCAAUGAGAAUGAUGAUGUAGUACAUAUUGAUGAACUCGAAGACAACUCACAGGAUGGUAGUGUGGAAAUGAUUGAUAUUGACACAAAUGAGACUGUACAUGGUUCUUUCAAUCAAGGUCACACUAGAUUUGGAAAAAAUAGUGGCAGACAGUGUGUAGCUAACAGUGCAAUGGCAAUGAUGUACAAUCAAAUUAAAGACAUUUCCACAUGGGACAGCCAUGAUCUUGACACAGUUCUUUGUAGAGGAAACAAACUUUAUGUAGAUUCUAUAAACCAGAGACAAUCAACUAGUCGUAGUGCAUACCUUCUUGUGUCAGACAUUUGUCCAACAGUAGACUUCUUUGGCAAAGAAUAUAGAUUUGUGUCUGGCGAUUCUCUGAGUGGCUUUGUGAUGAAAGAUACUGAAGAAAUUGUUGAUAAUCCACAACAAAUGUGUCUCGAUGCUGCACUUCAAACAAUAUUUUCACAACAUGAUGCUACUUUUAUGACAUUUGGAGGAUCAACAUUUGCUGUGAUAGAAAGAAAUAACAAAUACCACGUGUUUGAUUCCCAUUCCCGGAACACUGAAGGAUUACAAGUCACUAAUGGCACUAGCAUACUUAUCCAAUACACAAGUCUGCUUCAGGUCUAUGAACACUGUUUGAAUCUUGCUCGGUCAAUGAACUUAAAUGCAUUCUCACAAUUUGAAAUGACAGGCAUGAAAAUUAGCACUGAUAUACAGCCACAUGACAAUCAGUCUGAAAAUGCAAGUGAUACCAAUGACAAUGAUGAUGUAGUGCAUAUUGCUGAUGAUGGUAGACUAGAUAUGAUUGAGAUUGACCAAAGUGAUGAUACGGCAUGUGAAACAAAUGAGAAUGAUCAAGAUGACAUGAUGCAUAUUGAUGAAUGUGACGACAACUCACAAGAUGGUAGUUUGAAAGAAACUGGAACUGACCAACAUGCAAUGCUAUUCUGCCCUGUAUCAUCAAAUGUAUGUGAACAGUUAUGCAAGAAGCUUGAUAUUCAACACCAAUGUGUAGCAAAGUCUCAAGAUCAUGAAUUUGGUGUAGAAAUUGAUGUACCAUGCAGAACAGUAUCCAUUGAAGGUGAUGGCAAUUGCUUCUUUAGAAGUCUUUCAUAUGCAAUCUCGGGCAAAGAAAACAACCACAGGAAAAUCAGACUGGCUAUUGUGACACAUCUAAAAGAACAUGCUCAAAGUUUCCAUCACUUCUUAAGACCAGGUUACGAGUCAGUUGAACAGUACAUUUCUCAAUCCAGAAUGUGGUAUGUUGGAACAUGGGCUACAGAACUUGAAAUACUUGCAGCUGCAAAUCUACUGGGCACUGACAUAUGCACAUACACUGAUAACAGAUGGCUGAGAUAUUCAAGCAGGCAGUUAAACUCAGACACAGUGAACACAGGAACUGGCAUAUAUCUAAAUCAUGUUGGUGGAUCACAUUAUGAAGUGGUUGUUUGUGUGAACACAGUAGAUGCUUUGAGAAACUCAUGUACAGACAAAUAUUGUCAGAGACAUAUGAAUAUCAAGAGAAAUGCUGACCAGCUAUCUGCAGAUUUGCUGAAUGACAGAAAGUCAGUCUUGAAAAAACAAAAAUGUUCUGAUUCUAAAGAAAAGAGACCUGAUCACAGACCAACUAAAAAACCAAAAGGAAAGUAUGCACAGGCAAAAGCUAAAAGAGAAUAUAUGAGAGCCAAAAGAGAAUUAGAGAAAGAUAAUUCUGAAACAUUGAAUUUGAAUGUGAAACAGAGAAGACUUGCAAAAGAGAAUGAAAAGUACAACACUGACCUAGAUUUCAAGAACAGAAAGAAACUGCAAAGUUCAAAUAAAUACAAAGAUGAUGAAGCACACAGGGAAUUUGUCAAAAAAUACAGUACUAACAAAUAUGCUACUGUCUCUGAACACAAGGAAACAGUAAAAGCUUACAGCAGUCAGAAAUAUGCCACAGAUUCAAAACACAGGGAAGAUGUUAAAACGUACAGCAGUCAGAAAUAUGCCACUGAUUCAAAACACAAGGAAGAUGUUAAAACGUACAGCAGUCAGAAAUAUGCCACUGAUUCAAAACACAGGGAAGAUGUUAAAACGUACAGCAGUCAGAAAUAUGCCACUGAUUCAAAACACAGGGAAGAUGUUAAAACGUACAGCAGUCAGAAAUAUGCCACAGAUUCAAAACACAAGGAAGAUAUAAAAUCUUACAGCAGUCAGCAGUAUCGAAAAGAUGCAAAGCACAAGGAGGCUCUAAAAAAUCUCAGUUCAGAGAAAUAUGCAAAGGACGAAAAGCACAGAGAAAAUAAAAAGAACAACAGUAUUGAGAAAUAUGCAAACGAUGAAAAGCACAGAGAAAGUGUAAAAACCAACAGUACAGAAAAAUAUGCAAACGAUGAAAAGCACAGAGAAAAUGUAAAAACCAACAGUACAGAGAAAUAUGCAAACGAUGAAAAGCACAGAGAAAGUGUAAAAACCAACAGUACAGAGAAAUAUGCAAACGAUGAAAAGCACAGAGAAAGUGUAAAAACCAACAGUACAGAGAAAUAUGCAAAGGAUGAAAAGCACAGAGAAAAUGUAAAAACUAACAGUAUCAAGAAAUAUGCAAAAGAUGCAAAGCACAGGGAAUCUGUUAAAUCAGCAAGCAUUGCCAAAUACAAAGCUAGUGGUGAACACAGAACUAAUUUGAAAGAGAGACAAUCUGCCAGGGUUCUGCAAAUAACCAAAGAAAGGAAAAUAAUGGAAAAUGUUACACAAUCCUUUGCCAAAAACAUAUCUGAAGGUCCAGAAUUUGUGUGCUCAGUGUGUCAUCGAAGACUUUUCAAAAAACAGGUUGUACAAUGUAAAAGAACAGUGUAUGAAAACAAAGGAAGUAAUAUUGCCACUGUUGCUGAGAGAUGCAUCACAGAAAAUUACCUACACAGGUGCUCAGACAGUUGUGAUGACCAAUGUUCAUUUGUCGAUAGUCCAGAAGGCACAUUAUGGAUUUGCUAUACUUGUCAUAGGAAACUUUUGUCUGGUAAAAUGCCUGGAGAAGCUGUUGUUAACAACCUUGAACUGACCCCUGUUCCUAUGCAACUGCAAUGUCUCAAUGAACUAGAGCAGCACUUGAUUGCCUUGAAUAUUCCUUUCAUGAAAAUGAUGGCAUUACCAAAAGGUGGACAACAUGGCGUACACGGACCUGUAGUAUGUGUUCCCUCUAACAUUCAGAAAAGCACAAGUAUGUUACCGAGAAGUGAUAUAGAUGAUCAGAUGAUUAGAGUGAAACUGAAAAGGAAGAUUACUUACAAAGGCCAUUAUCAAUACCAGUUUGUAAACAAGGCUCAUGUUAAAAAUGCUUUGGAAUAUCUUCAAACAACUAACAAAUGGUACAGUGAUGUGAAUUUUAAUACAGAUUGGGUCAAUCCCUUGCCAGUUAUUGAUGAGGAAGAUGAAAUUAUUGAUUCUGAUACUGAAACAUUACCUGAGGUUGAAAAGGAUAGCUCAAACACACAAACUAAUGAAAAUGAAGAGUCUGAGAAAGAUCAUGGAUUACUCAUGAAUACAUGUCUACAACCGCUUGAUAUUGGCCAAGAAGUUAUGGAUCAAUAUUUUGAAAAGAUAACUUGUAUUGCACCUGCUGAAGAAAAUAAUCCUGUUCGACUACUGACAGACAAAAGCAAUGAAGCAAGGUCAUUUCCAGUUCUGUUCCCAUCAGGGUCCCCUACAUUCCAUGAUGAUCGUGAAGAGAGAAUUACAAUUGCACGUUAUCUACAUACACGCCUCAUGAAUGCUGAUAGCAGAUUUGCUCAAAACACUGACUACAUAUUUUAUGCACAGUAUCUUUCUGAAAUUGAUCAAGUUAUGUCAAAUGUUUCCAUUGCAAUGCGAAAAGGAUCACAGUCACAUGGUAAAAAUGUUACAUCUGAAAAUCUUACAGAUUCUGAUUCUCUGAGAGAGAUAUUAAAAUGUGAUGAAGGCUACAAGUUCUUGAAACCUAUCAGAGGAACUCCACCAUACUGGCAGUCUGCUCAGAAAGAUUUAUUUGCUAUGAUAAGACAACUCGGCAUUCCAACUUGGUUUUGUUCAUUUUCAUCAGCUGAUAUGAGAUGGCCAGAAAUGAUUGAAACGAUACUCAGAGAAGCAGGUGAUACACGGAAAGCCACUGAACUUGACUGGUCUGAAAAAUGUUCUAUACUAAGGAAAAAUCCAGUGACAGCAGCACGAAUGUUUGACCAAAGGUUCCAUUGCUUCUUGAAAGAGGUUAUCAUGUCACCAGCUGAACCAAUUGGAAAGAUAAAAGAUUACUUCUAUCGUGUAGAAUUCCAGCACCGUGGUUCCCCUCACACUCACUGCCUUUUCUGGGUUGAGAAUGCUCCAAAGGUUGAUGACGAUAAUGAUGAGUCAGUAACAUCUUUCAUUGAUAAAUAUGUCACAUGUGAUAUGCCUUCAGUUGAGAAUGAUGAAGAAUUGUUUGAUAUUGUCAACAGUGUACAAAAACAUAGUAAAAGACAUUCAAAGACAUGCAAAAAAAAUGGCACAACCUGCAGAUUCAAUUUUCCACGUCCUCCAAGCAAUGAAACUUUCAUAUCACGAGCAGGAGGUCUUGACAAUAAACCAAAAGAUGUUGUGCCCAAAACCUUGAAACAGUGCUGUGAAGAUCUUUUCAAUAUGAAAUUUAUGUCCAUACCAGAUGCUCAAAGAAUUUUGAAACUGAUUUGGCAAGGAUUAACAAAUGAUGAGCAAACAUUUGAGUCAGUUGAUGCAUUGUUCUCUGCCAUUGGUAUUUCGCAAGAGAUAUUUCAACUAGCAUGUGAUACUCUAUCCAAAAAGACAAAUGUUGUGAUGAAACGCAAUCCCAAUGAUGUAUGGGUCAAUCAGUACAAUGCAGAUCUGCUCAGAUGUUGGAAUGCGAACAUGGAUAUUCAGUACAUAGUUGAUGCCUACUCUUGUGUUGUCUACAUCAUUUCAUAUAUCUCAAAGGCAGAAAGAGAAAUGGGAUUACUGUUGAAUCAUGCACAAACAGAAGCAAACAAGAAUAACUCUGAUGCAAAAUCUGCUCUCAAGAAACUUGGUGCUGUAUACCUACACAAUCGAGAAGUGAGUGCUCAGGAAGCUGUCUUUCGAGUUUGCAAUUUGAGAUUGAAGGAAGGAUCACGUAAAGUACAGUUCAUUCCAACCGUAGACCCUGUCAGAAUGAGUUUGCCUCUUAAAACACUGCAGAACAAACGAAAGAGUGGUGAACUAGAUGAAGAUGAAAUGUGGAUGACAAGCAUUGUUGAUCGAUACAAGAGCAGACCCAAAGGUGACGAGUUUGAUAACAUGUGUCUUGCAACGUUUUGCUCAGAAUACAGAGUGCUACCAAAAUCUGAAGUAUCAAAUGUUUCUGAUGACAAACGCCGUAGUCCAGUAGUAACAUUACAAAAUGGCCUUGGUCAUGUGAAAAAACGUACUCGGACUGAUGCAGCAGUUAUCAGAUAUGCCAGAUUUUCACGUACAAAGAAUCCAGAAAAACACUAUCACAGUAUAUUGCAGUUAUUCUUGCCAUACACAUUUGAUGCACAAUUAAAACCACCCGCAUUCAAUUCGUAUGAAGAGUUCUAUGAAACUGGUGCUGUUCAGAUUGAGAACUGUCCUUUGGAAACUGUGAAAGAGAUUGUUGACAGAAACAAAGCAAUGUUUGAGAAAGAUGGUGAUGUUAUUGAUGAAGCAGAGGAAUUGUUUGACAAAACAGGUCAAUUGGAAGAUGCUUGGGCUCAAAUCUGUCCAGAAACUGAAUCUGAAAGAAUAGCAUGUGAAGUUGAACACACUUGUACGACCGAUGAGGAAAGUGAAAGUGAAACUGCUAAGAACAUGCCUGAUUUGCUACUGAAGGAUAACACGUUAUCAAAAACAGAGGUACUUCAGAGUACAAUGUCAAAACAAGAGGCAGAAACUAUUCUGAGAUCAAUGAAUGAAGAACAAGCUGAAGUUUUCUAUAAAAUAAGACAGUGGUGUUUGGAUAAAAGGAAUGGCAAAAAUCCUGAUGCAUUUAAUCUAUUUCUGACUGGUGGAGCUGGUACUGGGAAGAGCCAUUUGAUCAAGGCAAUUUGCUAUGAAUGCACUAGACUGCUAGCCCCAAUGCAAAAUAAUCCAGAUGAUAACUCUGUGCUUUUGGUAGCUCCAACCGGUAUUGCAGCAUUUAACAUACAUGCUUCCACGAUACACAGUGCACUCUCAAUUGGAAUUGAUGCAAAACUGCCAUACCAGCCACUUGGUGAGGAAAAGAUCAAUAGUCUGCGAGCAAAGCUGCAAAGUAUCCACAUACUAAUCAUAGAUGAAAUAUCAAUGGUUGAUCACAAGCUGUUAUCAUACAUUCAUGGUAGAUUGAGACAGAUCAAACAAACUGCUGAUUAUUCACCAUUUGGAAAUGUAUCUGUAAUUGCUGUUGGAGACUUUUAUCAGUUAUCACCCGUUAAAGGAACACCAUUGCAUGUUGCCAAAAAUGGAUAUGACCUGUGGAAUGAUAAUUUUUCUAUUGCAGAAUUGACAGAGAUCAUGAGACAAAAGGACCCUGCAUUUGCACAACUUCUGAAUCGGUUACGAACACGAAAAAAGUCAGACCCUCUUGACACAAGAGAUAUACAUAUGCUCAAACAACAAGAAACUGGUGAAGAUGAUCCAGAAAGCAUUCACAUUUUUGCAACAAAUGCUCAGGUUGAUGAAUACAAUAUUGCUGCUCUUCAUUCUAAAUGCUCAGAUCCAAUUUGUAUUGACGCUCAAGAUUUCUCACGAAAUGCAAAAACAGGGAAACUUGAAAAGAGAGAAAUACCUCAUGGAAAAGUUCAUAACUCAGUCUUACAAAAAAGUCUCAAUGUUGCAAUUGGUGCGCGUGUGAUGAUCACAAAGAAUAUUGAUACAUCAGAUGGUCUUGUGAAUGGAGUCUUUGGAACUAUAAGCCACAUAUCUUUGACUGAUGGUGAAAGAUUUCCUUCAAAAAUACAUAUUGUGUUUGACAAAAUUGAUGUUGGUCAGAAAUUACGAAGAAUGGAAGGCACUGCAUCUGAAUUAGAUCCUAACAGUACUCCUAUUAAGCCACAAGAAGAAACUGUUUCAAACAAUGGAGGCAUUAGACGACAAUUUCCACUGAAACUAGCCUGGGCUUGCACCAUACACAAAGUACAAGGGAUAACUGUUAACAAAGCUGUUGUUUCAUUACACAAGGUAUUUGCAGCAGGACAAGCUUAUGUAGCACUAAGUCGUGUAUCUUCUCUUGAUGGUCUUAUUAUUCAGAAUUUCAAAGAAUCAGUCAUAUACAGCAGUGUAAAGGUUGAAGCAGCAGUGUCUAGUAUGCCAAAGUUCAUGACAAGAAAUCAGAGAAUCUAUGAUGGUCAUCCAACAUGCACGCUAAUUAUGCAAAACAUUGAGGGCCUUCAAUCACAUAUUAAAGAUCUGCAGAAUGACAAGAGGUUUUUAGAGUCUGAUUUCAUUUGCUUGACAGAAACAUGGUUAUCUGAUUCACAUCCAGCUGAUGAACCAAAACUUGAUGGAUUUACGUUACAUCAUAAACCCAGAUCAAAGUGUUAUGAAUCAUCUGAACCAAUACUGAUGCAACUGAAAAAUCAAAGACAUGGUGGUGUUGGAGUUUAUUCUAGUGAAGUCAAAACAUGUGAAUUUACUCAGUUACCAGUAUCUAAUUUAGAGUAUCUGUGUAUGUACGUCAUGGAACUACAAGCUCAUGUUGUUGUUAUCUACAGGCCAAGCUCAUACACAGUUGAUAUUUUCAGAAAGCAUAUGCUUCAACUUGUUCAGGAACUUGAUAACCGUUCUGGUCGAUCAAUCAUCAUGGGUGAUUUCAAUGAAAAUAUCUUGUCAUCAUCUUCAAUACAGACUAUGAUGGAAUCAAAUGGAUUUACACAGAUGGUUUCAGAACCUACUACUGAAGGUGGAACGCUUCUUGACCAUGUAUAUGUGAAAGGACUUGAGAAUGUAUCUGUUCAGAUUCUUCCUACAUACUUUGGGUAUCAUGAAGCUAUUGAAAUCAAAUUAUGA